GUGUGCAUUAUGCAGUUAAACAGGCGGGAAACUCCAAAAAAAAAGUAUUCGUUGAGAAAUUCUGUAAAAACCGCACUUUCUCUCUCUCAAACUUCCACACUGCAAAUUUUUACUGCAAAAAUGUCACUUCAAACUUCUGUUCAUCCCUAAAUUCUUCCUAAAAUCCGCAAAAUCAACCCAAAAAAAAAACCCAAUUCCAAAUUUCAAAUUUCAAAUUUCAACUUCAUCUAAACAAACCCAUCAAUUAUCCCCAUAAAACUUCAAAAACCCUUGAUCAACUUUCUUCUGCUUCCUCAAAAUUUCAACAAAAAUGGCGGAUUUCUCUAAAAAAUUCCCACUUCCGCCAUUAGUGGAGGAAUUAAUAAAGCAAAUUUGCAGAGAACAAUCACAACCUCCUCUUGAUUUGAAUGCAAGAAAAGAACUUGCUUCUUUGGGUGAAGAUGAAUCGAUUAAUAUUCUUAAUAAAAUUCGUCGGUCCAAAAUUAAUAAAUCUUUUGAUGGGUUUAUUGUUUAUAUGGCAAAAGAAUUAAGAGCUAAUUCUUCUGCAACUCCUGUGAAAUUGGAAUCUUAUUCUUCUCCUCAAAUCAUAUCAGUUUCUCCUCCUAGUUCUGAAGGAAGUAAUUAUCUUUCUGAUUCACCUACUUCUAGUUCCUCUGGAAGUACUAAUUCGUUCAAAGAAGAUGGGUCUGUUCUCUCUUAUUUCUCUGAUAAGUUAGCAUCGAUGACAUCAAUACGACUGAAUUUAUUUGGCUUCUCCAAGUCACACCAAACUAGUCGUGAAUUCUUGGCGUUGGAGAAAUUAGGAUUUCGACGAGCUUUCCUCGUUAUGAGCUACAUUGGAGGGAGGAAACUGGAGAAUGUGGCUUCUGUUCGCGACAUUAAAAGUCUAAUAGUUGAAAGUGAAAAACUUACAAUGGGCUCGUUUGAAAACCUGGCGUGGGAACGAUAUGGUGACCGCUAUUGUCUCAGAAAGGAUCGAAUUAAGUAUCGUAGGUGGGACUCAUCAGGACAGUACUAUAUGUAUCAUUGUCAUGUUCAUCUUGACGGAAGCUAUUGUUUCAAGGGUCCGUUCUUAAACAAUAGAACAAGUCUACUCCAGAAGAUUUUGAAAGAAGAAAAUGUACUCAUUGUAAAGUUUGUCGAUGAGGUAAAUGAAAAAUCAAAAUUAACCAAGAGUUCUCGUGCUUCAUUUGCUGCUAUUGAAAAGGUUGCAAGAGAAGGAAUAUACUUUGGUCAGAAUUGCUACAGGUUCUUUGCUUUCAAAGAUGGAGGCAGAGGAGAGAAGAAGGACCGGACAUCCAGCUCAGUUAAAUGUUAUUUUGUAAACAUAGACAAUUUUGCACAAUCUUAUGAUAUUGAUAAAUGUAUAAGGAAAGCAAGAUCUGUUUUCAUGCAUUUGGAUACUCUACCCAGCUUGUCCAAGUAUGCGGCUAGGCUUGAACUUGCACUUUCAAAAACAAUAACUUUACCUAUAAAUCUGGAUGCUUCAGAUAUCCAUGUUGAAGUCAUCAGUGAUAUACCUUGUCAGCUUGCAGAUGGUUCUGCUGUCAUAGGUGAAGAUGGGAAACCUCUCAUACACACUGAUGGAACUGGCUACAUAUCGGAGGAUCUAGCUCGUGAAUUUCCUGGGAAGAUUUUCAAGGCAAAUAUGGUGCAGGAUCAUAAUUUUGAGAUAUGUGAUGUCUUUGAUUCGGACCUCAAAGAGAUACCUUCACAAUCUACAGAGCUGCCUCUGCUGAUGCAGUUCCGUUUAUUCUACAUGGGUUAUGCUGUUAAAGGAACAGUCCUUGUUAAUAGAAAGCUUCCACAAAGAACAAUUCAGGUUCGACCAUCAAUGAUAAAAGUUUAUAAAGACCCGGAAAGCUCUCAUUUUCUGACUGUGAACUCAUUUGAGAUUGUGGGAACAAGUGGUCGACCAAAGAAAUCAUAUUUGUCCAGAUACUUGGUUUCCUUGCUACACUAUGGAGGAGUCCCAACAAAGUUUUUCACAAACAUACUAAAAAAUGCUAUAGGUGAUGCUCGAACUUCUCUGACUGACAAACGAGCGGCUCUGCAAGUUGCUCUUGAGAGUGGGGAUAUGGAUGACGACUUCACAAUUGCAAGGAUGGUUUUAUCUGGAAUUCCUCUGAACGAACCCUACAUACAGACUCGUUUAGGUUUCCUUACUAAUCAUCAGAACAAGGGCUUGAAAGAAGGGAAGCUUCCCAUUGGUGAAAGUUUCUACCUCAUGGGGACAGCUGAUCCAACGAAUACCCUUGACAGAGGAGAAGUUUGCAUUAUUCAUGAGAAUGGACAAAUUUCUGGCAAGGUCCUGGUAUAUCGUAAUCCAGGUAUUCAUUUUGGAGAUGUCCAUGUUCUGACUGCGAAACAUGUAGAAGGUUUGGAAGAGAUAGUGGGAAACUCAAAAUAUGGCAUAUUCUUUCCCACCAAAGGGUCAAGGUCACUGGCUGAUGCAAUGUCUGGUGGUGAUCUUGAUGGAGACAUGUAUUGGGUAUCACGGAACCUUGAUCUUUUAAAAUACUUCAAGCCAAGCCAUCCUUGGACGUGCACAAACCAUUCAUCAAGUCCCCAACAAAAGAAACCAGUGGAUUUUUCAGAUGAAGAGUUGGAGCAUGAGCUGUUUUCUCGUUUCCUGAGUGCAAGAUUUCAACCAAGUAAAGCUAUGGGGAUCGCAUCAAACAGCUGGUUGGCACACAUGGAUCAGUUGUUAACAUUAGGAGACAAAGAUGUGACAGAGAGAAAACGCCUGAAGGAAAAGAUGCUGAAAUUAGUGGAUAUUUACUAUGAAGCACUAGAUGCACCAAAGACAGGGAUAGAGGUUACUGUUCCACGUGAGCUAGUUGCAGACACAUAUCCACAUUACAUGGGAAGGCAACCAUCAUCCAGUUACCAUUCAGAGUCUGUUCUAGGGAAGAUCUAUGAUGAAGCCCAUGAAUGGGCACUUGAGACUCCUUCCAUACCGGUUUGGAAGCUUUCACUUUUAGAUGUUGAAGUUCCUAAAAAGAACUUGAAGACAUGGCAACGUCUUUACAAAAACUACCGAGUUGAAAUGAGUGCAGCGGUCUCCAAUGGUGAUGAGGAACUAAAGAGAGAAAGCUGCGACAAAGUUAUACAGAAAUAUAAACAGAUAUUAUAUGAAGCAGCUGACUUAGAAUCAAGCUCCAGAGCAUGGGUGGAGACUCGUUUCGAUGCAUUGGCCAUAUAUCAUGUAUCUUAUGAUUACGCAAUGGAAAUUGAAGAUGCAAAGAAAUGCGGCUUUGCAUGGAAGGUAGCAGGUAUGGCUUUGUUGAAGAUAUUCGCCGAAGCUCAGGCUGAGAAACCUAUAGCUUGCAUGCCUUCUGUGCUCCAGGAAGUUCUUACUAGGAAAAGUGCACAGGAACAAAUGUAGAUAUAUGUGGUAUUCGCCAAUAUUUUGGUAAUCUGACCAAGGAACAUCACAUGAAAACCAUGAAAGCCUGUUGCUAAGAAAAAGGUAGAACCAUAAAUACUAUCCGAAAUAGUGAAGGGUGCUUCAUAAUAUUCCAUUCCUUGAAAGCCAGUGAAGACUAGAGCCAGUAAAACGGUAGCUACUAAAGCGUAAACUGCUCGUUUUUUUAUGCGGGUUCUUCCUUCUAAUGACCGGCAUAUCUAUGAUUCUUUUCUCUCAGAUGAAGCAGCAGGCAUCGGUCCGUAGAACCUAUAAAAAAGAGAUGGUUGUAGCGCGAAGUACUCUUGUGCACUUAUGUUAUGGAAGAAUUGAGCUUAUUGCUGGGCUGGUUAUUCAGAGCCAACAAGAGGCACAUAUGCAUUUUGUAUUGUACUAACUUACGUUGUAACUCAUGCUCCCUUGAUUUUUCUAUCUUGAAUGAAAAUCAGGCUUGUCCAUUCAUGCUU